AUGUCGCAGCCAGCUGUCCUCGCAGCAGCUACUACACUCACAUUUUCUCUCACCACGACUUCUCCAUGUGGAGCAAGAACGGGCACGCUCGUCUCGCGCCGCGCCGCCUCGGAGAAGGAAAUGCGCAUACAGACGCCCAAUCUCAUCACCAGCACGUCGCGCGGUGUCGUGCCCCAUCUCUCGCGCGACCACCACCGUGAAAGUGCAGCCAUAAAGUGGGUAAAUGUGCCAUUCGAGAAUUUCCUCGAACAGAACCCCCCGCUACCGCUCCUCCAACCCGGUGCGACACCGCUGCACACCCUCCUCGGGUUUACACCCUCUUCUCACCUCCUCGCGCUCACCGCUCGCGACCCGGGAGCAGCACAUGAUAUGCCGCCCAACUCUCACACGUAUAUUAACGUCUCGACCCUACGCGGUGUGCGCAAGCUCACCCCCGAGGCGUGGCGCGAGUAUGCCGCCCGGAGCAGGCCCGAUGUAGUCUUUGCGCUGAGCGACACGCCGUAUACGGACCCGCCAUACUCGCAGAAGCGCUUGACGAAGAGUAUCGAGCGAAGCACAGCCUGGCUGGCGGGGAUGCUGAGGACCGCGCCUGCACUGCUGCCACCAACGGAAAUUGGGAAAAGAGGGAAGGGGAAACAGGUAUCGCUCACGUCAACAUCAUCAGACCCGCCACCGCCGCUUCCACCCGUCCUUGUGCACCUCGCAGGCGGCACGUCCCCCGCUGCACGAAAAGCGUUCGCAGCAUCGCUCUCUGAACCAUUGUAUGGGCCUGAGGCGGACGCCCUUGCGCCGCUACGUACGCUGGACGAGGGUGUGUCGGGGUACGUUGUCGAUCUAGUGCCGCUGAAGCUUGAACUUGCGGCCGCAGCUCGCAAGGUAGGUGCGAGUUCGAGUGCUGGGGCGGAUGAAGCAGCGCCUGCAAAAGCGCCCCCAGCUUCAGAACCACCCAUUCAAACCACACCCGAUUACGAACUUAUUGCCCCGCUCGUCUUAUCCUCCCUCUCUGUCCUCCCGUCCUUCUCCUCUUCUUCCUCUCAACCAUCGCCGAAACCACUUAUUAUUACAAACCCUACCUCCCCACAUGAAAUGCUGUACUAUAUCACGCACCUCGGCGCGGACAUGCUCGGCGCGUCAUGGGCACAGCGCGCGGCGGACAUUGGCGUUGCGUUGGAUUUCGAGUUUCCUGUCAGGACGCGUGCAGGCCAACGUGAGUACUGGAAAAGGGAGAUCGGGCAUAAUUUAUAUGAAAAGUGGUAUGCACUUGAUUUUGGAGCGUUUGCGGGUUCGUUCCGCGGGGCAGGUGAGGUAGGAGAGAAGGAUGAUGACAUACCCGUGUGUCCGUGCGCUGCAUGUUCCCCUGUGGUCGUUGGAGUAGAUGGACGGUUGUUUCACGGUGCAGAUGAACCUUCGUAUACGGCAGAGGGAUCCCCCAUAGUAUCUUCCACUACCACUUCCUCCUCGUCCUCAACUGUAUCCGCAUCCGACUCUUCGCCCACAAAUAAAGCUACACCCACGUACCGUCCACCACACACGCGCGCUUACGUACACCACCUUCUACAUACACACGAGAUGGGAGCGCACGCGCUGUUGGCCUUGCACAACCUCGCAGUCGUGAAUGCGUUUAUGAAGGCCGUGCGGUGUGUUUUGGAAACUUCUGCCGCACAACAAACGCAAAAUCUCUGGGACCAAGAGGUUGCGCUCUUCAUGCGAACCUAUGCGGACCCAACGACUUCGGGUCUCUUUGGUGAGGCAGAAAGGCGGUGGAAAGAGGUAGAUCUUGCGAGGGGAAAGGGUAGAUUGGCGAGGGAGCGGGAGAAGGAAUUGAGUGAGGACGGUAAAGUUGGGCAAGGUGAGGGUGAUGAACAGUGCGAGUUGGAGGAAAUUUGA